AUGAGAAUUUUUCUAUUGUUAUUAAUUUCUACGCUUUAAAUCUCAAAUUGUGAUAAGAUUAAGAUUUCAUUGUAUAUUGAAUCAUUAUGUCCUGAUACUACUAGAUUUAUAUAAUCAUCUUUAUUGAAGGCAUUAAAAACACCAUCAUUUGAUGAAUUAGUCGAACUUAGAUUUGUUCCUUAUGGAAAGGCAUCAUAAAAUCAAUAAAGCAAUGGCUCUAUUAUUUUCAAAUGCUAACAUGGAGAUUUAGAAUGCUUUGGAAAUAAAUUAUAGGCUUGUGGAUUUAAUGUGCUCCCCUCUUAAACUGAAUAACUUAGAUUUUUAACUUGUAUUUAAAAAACAAGAAAGAGAUAAUAAGAAGACUUCGAAUCUGAAAUUAAAUAAUGCCUCCCAGAUUUAUGGGAAGGAAUCAUAGAAUGCGCCAAUGGUACAUAAGGAAAAGAAUUAUUAUGGAAAAAUGGAAUCGAGACUCUGAAUUUAGACCCAAAGUUGACUUAUGUUCCUUGGGUGACUGUAAACGAAAAAUUUGAAUCUAAAGCUCAUGAAAUGAUCGAAAGAAAUAUAGUAUAAUGGGCUUGCUAAUUGGCUAAUAAGGAUAAUGAAAAGUAUGUUCAGAUUGAUGCAUGUUAAGAAUAUAAGUGA